AUGGUGACCAUGAUCCUUUAUGAGGUUCUUCGGUUGUAUCCUCCAAGCAUUCAUUUUAGCCGGAAGACAUGCAAGGAGGUGCUAAUGGGAGACAAAAGAUACCCAGCUGGCAUGAUGAUUGAGCUCUCCGUACUACUCAUGCACCAUGACCCUGACAUUUGGGAAAGCGAUGUACAUGAAUUCAAGCCGGAGAGGUUUGCUGAGGGGAUCUCCAAAGCGUCCAAGAAUUCAGGCGCGUUUCUCCCAUUCGGCUGGGGACCACGGAUAUGCAUCGGCCAGAAUUUUGCGCUUACUGAGGCCAAGAUGGCGAUUUGCAUGAUCCUUCAACGUUUCGACUUCGUGCUAGCCCCGUCCUAUACUCAUGCGCCAUAUACCGUGGUAACACUACAUUCAAUGCAUGGCGCACAAAUUAGGCUUGGACUCAUCUAA